AUGGUGUACACCCGGACUGUGGUGAAAUACCAGAAAUCACCCAAAGUAGCUUUUGCUGACCCGCGAAUCGACUUCGUUGCGAUUGAUUACUUGGAACCUGUUAAUGAGAACAUUAACAAGCUAAAGCUAAUCUGUGCCGAUAUCACUCAUGUGUUUUAUACGUCAUAUAUUCACUCAUCGGAUCCUAAACUUUUGCCACAAAAGAAUGUCCCCUUAUUCAAAAGCUUUCUGGACAUUAUGGAAGUUAUAUGCCCAAACAUUCCUCACGUGGGGUACAUAAAGCCACCCGCGGAAGAAAAACACGCUCGUUAUAACGACAAUAGCGAAAAUUUCUACUAUGCCUAG